AUGGCCGACGAAUCUCCUUGCGAUGCCGUCAGGGCGGAGGCCGCUCGGGUCACCGACGCACUGUGCAUGCUGGUGGGCCAGAGUCUAUCGGAGAAGCAGAGCUCCAUCAUCAAGGAGGCCGUGAGCGAGCUGCUGGCCACCACCAAGCAGAUGCAGGACGAGCACCACGCAGCCAUCGCCGAGAUGAAGACCGAGCAGCAGACAGCCCUGGCCGACCUCAAGGCGCACCACGCAGCCGCUGUCGCGGACAUGGCGGAGAAGUGGGACGCCUGGGAGACCGCCAUCUUGACCGAGGUGCAGUUCCUGCGGGACGAACUCAAGGAGCGAGGAGCCCCGCAGGUCAAGAAGCAGCAGAGCUCACCCAACUCAAGCUCGAGGAACCUUCAGAGUGCACGAAGGUCCCCGAAACUCGGUCGUGGUCGAAGUCGCAGCCCCAGUCGCCGCCACCGCAGUCGGAGUCGUAGCUGGGGGUCGCCACCACGCUCUCGCGCGAAGAACUACGUCAGCCCGAGCCACUCGAGCCAGCGCCGCUCCGCGAACUCGACGACGUCGCCCAAGCACCGACGCAACUCAACCUACCGACACUAG